AUGCUUUCAUCCUUUAUUUUUAAAUCUUUUCUUCAUAAAAACGUAAUUUUUAACAACGAAGUCAUUACAUCUGGUACCAAAAUGACCUUAAAUGAUCCAGCUGACUUUGAAAAUCAAGAUGUUCUACUUAAUCAAAUGAAAAGCGCGAACGUUGACACAAUUAGACUUGAAGGAUCAUCAAUAUACGAUUUUCCAACUUUUGUUGGCAUUAAAAUGGUGAAAACUCUUGAAUGCCAUUUGAGGUGCGAAAUUCCUGAUUUUUAUUUUUAUAAAAACCAGAAUAUUAGAACAGUAUAUCUAGGAGAAAAUAUAAUUUCUAUAGGAAAUUCGGCAUUUUCAUACUCAACAUUAGAAUUUAUUAAUUUUUCUGAAUCUACAUCCAUCAUGGAAUAUGCAUUUGCAAAUUGUACUAACUUGGAUAUUUCAACUAUAUAUAAACUAGACAAAGGUUGUUUUCAGCACACAAACUUAAAACAUAUUACAAUUCAAGUCGGAAGUUCUUUUUAUGAAGCAGAUGGAGGAACAGGUAUUCCACCUUUUGCAUUCUAUGAGUGUUAUAAUCUAGAAACAGUAACAAUAAAUGUUAAUAUUGUUUCAAUAGGAAAUAGUGCAUUUCUUGAUUGUUUUAGUCUAAGAGAAGUCAUUUUGCCGAAUGGUAAUGAAAUAAGAAAAGUUUUUUCAUUUGCAUUUGAAAAUUGUCCAUUAGAAUCAAUCAACCUUGAACAAGCCAUGUUUUUGGGUAAUGCAGCAUUUCGAAAUACAAAAUUAAAGAAAGUUGUUUUGAAUGAUGCAGUUCUUGAAGAUCACGUUUUUGCAUAUUGUGAAGAUCUUAGAGAAGUUGUUAUUGUAGAAAAUUUAAGAACAACAACUAUGAGAUUAGGUAUAUUCGAUAUAAGACCAUCACAAGAAUUCUUCAUGGUAUGCCAAUCAUUAGAAACUGUAGAUUUAGGUCGUCAAUGGUCAACAUGUAAAGGAAUGUUCAGAAACUGUUUCAAUCUCAAAGAAAUAAAGUCAUCAAAUUCUGAAUUAGUUGUAGGUUUUGAAUCAUUUUUCUCUUGUUUGAGUUUAACAAGUAUAACAAUAAGUAUACAUACAAUCGAAGAAGGUGGAUUUAUGUUUUGUAAAUCAUUAACAACUGUAGAUACUACAAAUAUCGCUUCAAUUGGAAUUCGCGCUUUUUAUGGAUGCGAAAAAUUAACAAAUAUUUCGCCGCAUGUUCUAGGAGAUAGUUAUGCAUUUGCAUAUUGUACUUCUUUAGUUAGUUGUACCGUUCAAGUAUCUGCAGGUACUGGAUUAUUAAUGAAUUGUACAAAACUUGAAUCAGUUACAUUACAAGGAAUUCAGUAUAUUCCAGAUAAAAUGUUUUUUGGUUGUACUAGUUUGAAAACAGUUGUUUUCUCAGAUAUCAUCAAGACAAUAGGUCAUUAUGCAUUUAUGGACACAAAACUUGAAAUAUCAAAUUUAGAUCUAAGUGAGGCAACAGAAAUUGGAAAUUAUUCACUAAAAGGUGCUAAGAUUGAUCAAAUCAAAUUAGGAAAGGAUUAUGUUUAUUUUAGAGAAGAUUGUGAUCGAAGAUAUGUUUCUGUGUGUCCAGGUGUGAAAACAAAUAAUUAUAGUCCUCUAAAAGGAGUUAGUUCAGUUAAAGAAAUAUUAAUUGGAGCUGAGAAAACAGAAUUUGAGGCAGCCGAUUUCCAAGAAUGUAAUGAUUUAAAUAUUAAAUUAGAGGAAGGUUCUCCUUUCCAAAUUGUUGAUGGAAUGCUUGUAAAAGACAGUGAAAUAUUUUAUUAUAUUCCUUACCAAGCAACAAGGAAAACUCUAACAAUUCCAGGUCCAUCAUCAAAGAAAAUAUUAUCAAGUACAAUUACAAAGAUUCAUCCAUACGCAUUCACAACAUCAAAGUUAGAAGAAGUAGUAAUAAAUAGUUAA